UCGUUGCUGCCGGCAGCCGUUAGUGAGCGAUCGUCUCGUAGGUGGUUUGCUGGAUACAAACUGAGGAAGAGGAUGAUGAACUCGGCCGUGGUUGAGCACGUGCGACUUCACGAGGAGGCCAGUUUGUCGAAAGCGGAGGAAUUCUCGCCGCCCGAGAGUGUAUUUGUCCAGUUUUUUAAAAGUCUGCUGUGAGAAUUUAAUAUUAGAAUUCGGAAAAAAAAGAACUCACAGAUAUAUACAUAUAUAUGUAUAAAAUAAUAAUGAACAAAGAUUCUUCUUUGUCAUCACCUUGGUGGAGCAGCAAACGAUUACGUUUGGAUGAUGGCUGCAAUAACAAUCUAAACAGUACUGUCAACAGCGAGUCUCAAAGUAGUACAGGAUGGUCAUAUUCUGGAAAUGCCAGUCUCAUAGAACCUGAAAUCUUAGAGGAUAUGGGAGUUAGUAUGUUGGAAGAUGGUAUAGUGAACUGUGAAAAAACAUCUGGAGACUGCAUAAUUUUACCAGCAAAUUUAAUUAAUAACAAAAAAUUAUCAGUAAAUGAAAUUGAUGGCUUUGAAUAUGAAGAGAAAGUUUAUACAACUUCUAGUUUGGAAAAUACAGAGAGGAUACAUCAAGAGUCAUACGAUUUGGAUGAGCUAGCUGCUUUUAGUGGUGUAGAAAAUGAGUCUGGCUACUCAUCAAAGAUGGAAGCUGAUUAUUUUGGGGAUUUAAAAGCAAAUUUUACUAAAGAGAAUGCUUCUGUUGAUAAGAAUGAGCCAACUUCUUUAGAUCAUUUUUGUCUGUUUAGGAGAAAAAGAAUACCUUCCAUCGAAGGGGAAGAUAAGUUUAACAAGCUAUCGGAUGAAAUAAUUUUGAUGAUAUUAAAGUGGCUACCUAAAAAAUGUUUGGUACGUUCCAUGUUUGUAUGCAAACGUUGGUGCCAGAUAGCUCGCGAUGAAGCAUUAUGGACUAGAUUAGAUUUAAGUAGCAAAGUUUUAAGCGAGGGUACAUUAGGUUAUAUAUUGCCUCGAGGGGUACAAAUUCUAAGAUUAGCACAAGCGGAGAUCGCGGAUCCCAUCUUUUGCGAGGGCAGCGAAGUUCUCAAUGACUCGUAUAUUAGUAAAUUACAAUAUUUGGAUCUAUCCAUGGCAGUUAUUUCGCCAACCGGUUUAGCCGCAUUAUUAUCUAAAUGUAAAUACUUGAAAAAAUUAUCACUGGAAAAUUGCAUAAUGAACAAAGACUGUUGUAAAGCCAUUAGUCAAAACAUUGAAUUAGAAGUUUUGAAUCUUACAAUGUGCAAAAAUAUAAACACUGGAUCUAUUUUGGAUUUAAUGAAACUCAACAACUUAACUACCCUCAAUAUGGCAUGGUGUUCUUUGGAUAACGAGUGUAUGACACUACUUUGUAAAACACUGCCAUCAUCUAUUAUACGCUUAAAUAUAGCAGGCUGUAGAAAAACAUUGACUGAUGAUAAUGUAAAGGACUUGUCAAGAAGAUGUCCUGAUAUUAUAGAAUUAGACUUGAGCGAUUGUGCUAUGCUUACAAUCCAUACUGUUCAUAAUUUAUUAAAUUUUUCAAGACUAGAACAUUUAUCGUUAAGCCGUUGCUAUAGCAUUCCGCAAUCUGCAUACAUAAGAUUAGCUCACAUGCCAUGUUUAUUAUAUUUAGAUGUUUUCGGCUUGAUGUCGGACUCUGUGCUCAAGUCAUUACAAGCCAACUGUCGUGAAGUGCCAGAAAUUAACAAAUAUCUUUAUAGCUCCGUCGCACGACCAACAGUUGGUAUUCGAAGAACCAGUAUUUGGGGCCUCCGAGUUAGAGAUUGAAUUUAAAUAUAGACAAUAUUUUUUCAUCAAUUUGUAAUAAAUCAAGGGACAGAUUUUACCAAAGGGAUCCGAUCUGUAUGUAAUACUGUAUUUUUUUUACAAACAGACUGAAUAUUAUAUUGAUAAAAUUAACUUUAUUGGGGGAAGCGAGGGUAUUUUUUCUAUUCUUUUUUUAAGUAAAAUAUGCAUAAACAUUUAAAGUGUUAAUAAUGUGUUCUUUUCUAAAAGUUUAUAAUAUUGAAUUGUUGCUCAGGUAUUUUUAGAAGCUUUGUGUAAAUAUUUAUAUUAUUUUUACCAGAAGCAGGUGUGUAUUUUUAAUACUUAAGAUAUAGAAUUAUCACGGCUGUGCGAGACCGUCUUAUUACAGAUAGCUUCUGAUCGUGAUGUAUUAAAGGUUGUCAAUAAUUAUUGUUUUGCUACCGAUUUUUAUCAGUAAAGAUCUCAGAAAACUAUUAAAUGUAGCU